CGCGAUUUCCUCGCGAUCGGAAGAGUUCUUGAUUUCUCUCUACUAACGAAAGUGACGUUUUGUUUGCGUCUGUUUAAUUCAUUUCUUUUUUUAUUCCAAUCUCAUUUUAUCCCGACAUUAUAAAUCAAAAGACUCCCAAAAAAAGAAUCACAGAUUACAUUUCACACAACUUUUUUUUUUUUUUUAUAUGUAUAUAAGAGAAUCGUAUAAUUAAUUCCAUCAAUUAUGGGUAGUACAAAUACGAAGGAGUUUCAAAAUUAUCCACGAAACAACAGAAUGAUUCAAAGCAGUGCAAGAGUUACUACGAGAAACAAACAAUCUUUGACAAUGUCGAACCUCGAACGUGAUCGUCUGGGUCAACCUGGAACUGGUGAUGCUACGUGUCAUGGCCUUCUUCGUGGUAUUGACCAUAUCAAGAAUCCUCAAUUGAAUAAGGGAAUGGCAUUUAGUAUAGAAGAAAGACAACUGCUUGGUAUUCAUGGUCUUUUACCGGCUGCUGUGAUGAUUCAAGAGGAACAAUUGGAACUUUGUCGUUUGAAUUUGGAACGUUAUCCUGAUGACCUUCUUAAAUAUAUCUACCUCAUAGGCCUAUUGGAUAGAAACGAAAAAUUGUUUUAUCGUUUACUCAUGGACAACGUUGAACAGAUGAUGCCAUUGGUAUACACGCCAACAGUAGGUCUAGCUUGUCAAAAAUUUGGUUUGAUUUAUCGUAGACCUCGUGGCUUGUUCAUAAGUAUACACGACAAGGGAUACGUUUAUGACAUCUUGAAAAACUGGCCUGAACAUGACGUACGUGCUAUCGUUGUUACCGAUGGAGAAAGGAUACUUGGACUUGGUGAUUUAGGAGCACACGGUAUGGGAAUACCAGUAGGAAAGUUAGCUCUUUAUACGGCCUUGGCUGGUAUUAAACCACACAAUUGUCUUCCUAUAACUCUUGAUGUUGGUACCAACACUCAGUCAUUGUUGGACGAUCCUCUUUACAUUGGACACAGACAUAAGCGUGUCACCGGUCAAGAAUACGACGAAUUUGUGGAAGAAUUUAUGAAAGCUGUGGUAAAACGUUACGGACAAAAUACCUUGAUACAAUUUGAAGAUUUUGGAAAUGCCAAUGCUUUCAGAUUAUUGAUCAAAUAUCGCGAUCAUUACUGCACUUUUAACGAUGAUAUACAAGGUACAGCUUCGGUUGCAUUAUCUGGUCUGUUAGCAUCCCUUCGUGUGACGAAUACGAAGCUUUCCGAAAAUACCAUUGUUUUCUUUGGAGCGGGAGAGGCUUCGUUAGGCAUCGCUACGUUAUGCGUAAUGGCGAUGCAGAAGGAAGGUGUGAGCAAAGAGGAAGCAAAGAACAAAAUCUGGUUGGUAGACUCGAAAGGAUUGGUCGUUAAGAAUCGUCCAAGUGGUGGAGUUACGGAACACAAAUUAGAAUUUGCCAGGGAAUGUGAACCUAUUGACAAAUUAUUAGAUGUUGUUAAAACAGCUAAACCAACUGUAUUGAUUGGGGCAUCAGCAGUAGGAUCUGCCUUUAACGAAGAAAUAUUAAAAGAAAUGGCACGCAAUAGCGACAGACCAAUCAUCUUUGCUUUGAGUAAUCCUACCGAUAAAGCCGAGUGUACGGCUGAGCAAGCUUACAAGGCUACUAUGGGAAAGUGUUUGUUUGCGAGUGGCUCGCCUUUCCCACCUGUCACAAUCGAUAACAAAACUUUCUAUCCUGGCCAAGGAAAUAACAGUUAUAUAUUCCCUGGAGUAGCACUGGCUGCUAUUUGCGCUGGUAUGAGAGUUAUUCCAGAAGAAACGUUCCUUAUCGCUGCCACAGCUCUAUCCGGUUUGGUCACGAACGAAGAUUUGGACAGAGGUACUUUGUAUCCGCCUUUGGCCGAUAUACAACAAUGUUCCUUGUGUAUAGCAACGAAAAUUAUGGAAUACGCUUAUAAAUCUUCACUGGCUACUGUUUUACCGGAACCUAAAGAUUACACGGACUUUAUCAAAGCACAGUUAUACGACACAGAAUAUAAAUCGUCCAUUCCACCAACUUAUAAAUGGCCAUAAGCUUAAUUUACUAAUGUAAGAAUUCACGCGUUCCCGCUUAAUAUCGGAUAAGUUUCUCGAGAAAGUAUAUAAUUUAAAAUUUAUAUUAUUUGGCUACUUAUAUAUAUAUAUUGUUAAAAAAGCCUGUUGAUCGGGCAACAAAGUAUCACUAUGUAAAAAAAAAAAAAA